UAGGACGCCGCGAGGCCGGAUUGCCCUGCUACCCUAGCUUCCGUUGUCGAGACGCCCCACUUGCUUGCACGACUCCAGUGCGCAUCCAACCAGACGGGUUGAAACACUAUAUUAGGUAUUUGUUAACGUGCAUAAGCAAAAGUAGUUGGUCCUUCCCUUCACUUCUCGUCUUUCCUCCGAAAUGCUGCUCACAAGGACCUCGACCGCCGUUGCCGGCAGGCCAACUAGGUCGUCUGCGUUUCAGACCCCACGCGCUGCUUCAGCUCGUUGCCAUCAAGCACGAUUGGUGCGCCGCUCGGCCGUGGUCGUUAGGGCGAGCUCCGACAACGGCUCCACCAAGCGCGCCACCUACGCAGAGCUGGAGUCCAUCCAAUGCGACCUCAGCGCCUUCCCCGGGGUCAAGUUCUUCAGGGUUGAGGCUGUGUUCCGCCCCUGGCGCCUGCCCUUCGUGAUUGAAACGCUCUCCAAGAACGGCAUCCGCGGUCUGACCAACACGCCCGUCAAGGGGGUGGGUGUGCAGGGGGGCAGCCGGGAGCGCUACGCGGGCACGGAGUUCGGGCCGUCCAACCUGGUGGACAAGGAGAAGGUGGACAUCGUGGUUAGCAGGGCCCAGGUGGACACGGUGGUGCGGCUGGUUGCCGCCUCCGCCUACACCGGGGAGAUCGGAGACGGCAAGAUCUUCGUACACCCUGUAGCGGAGGUCGUGCGCAUCCGCACUGCCGAGACGGGUCUGGAGGCUGAGAAGAUGGAGGGCGGCAUGGAGGAUAUGUUGAGCAGGAAGGACUGAGUGACGUCUUGCAGGGGGGGGGGGCAGCAAUGGGGGUGAAAGAGGAAGGAGGGAGAAGGGGUGGGAGCGGUAGAGGGGCGCAGGAAAACAGGGGAUUGCGUCAAGCACGAUACCCCCAGUCUAUCUGGCGCAGUUUAUGUAAUAACCCCGGUCUAGUUGGGCUGUCCUGUGUCGACUGCUCCGGACAUGUGAAGCUGAAGGGCGCUGGAAGGCUCGCAUAGGGACCGCAUCGUUUCCGGCUAGUAGUUGGCUAGUAGUUGGCUGGGCAUUAAAACGAAGGAGGUGCUUGUGGGGUUGGGUUUUGAAGGCGUGCUGGGCGCAUGCACCCGGCGAACGGGCCUCUGCAACAUGAGGCGUGCGGGGAUCAGUGGUUGAUGGGUUGCGGCAGCAGGGGCGGCCGCCUCCUUGCUUUGCUGGUCACCUGGCUGGUUGGCGUUGCCGAGCGCCGGGAGUGUUGUAGUUGGCGUUAGCUCCGUGCGUGCGUGCGUGCGUGACUUAUAUCGGUACUUCUCCGGUACUCCGGUAUGUAUGUCGCAUUGUCGAUAUGUUAUUGCCCGGGUGUGGCUUGGUGCCUCUUUUUGCCUCAAAUGAGACGUGCUAGGAGGUCUGCAGAGUUGAUACGCAGUGUGAUAUCAGCGGUCGAGGGGCGGCGCCUGUUCCCUUGUUGCGUUUCCGCUGUGUCGAGCUAGGCGGGUGGCAGGUUGUUUUGUGGGCAGGCAGUUUAGAAAGGCUACUCCCUGUUGUGUGAAAGGAGCCCCGUUCCAAGAGGGAGCCGGGCGUCAACGGGAACCUGGAACGGGCACGCUUGCCUGCACCGGUAUACGCGGUGUGUACGCGGGUGGCCAGGGCAAGUACGACGACGUACAUCGGACCCCGACUGGCCACUGCAAUUACCAUGGUGCAAAGUGAGCAGCAUGUACCGUAUUAUGGACUCAUCGUGUGCCCCGCCGCUUUGUCGACGCCACUCGGCGCCCAGACCUAUUUAGCGGCUACGGUAGCUGCAAUGCACGAGUAAGGUAUUUGUUAGGAGUACGACUAUCGCACGGCCUGAGGCGUGUUUGCAACCCUUGCAUGCCUCUCCACCAGGAACCUCAUAGCCCGAAUGCACCUACCUGUCUGUGUGCCGGUACGUACCGCUUUCCCCGGUCGCUUGUCCUCAGGAGCACUGUGUUUUAUGCAUGGUGCUGAUGUUCACCAUGGAGCGUGCACUGUAAGUGUGUAAGCC